GACCCCUUAACUACAGUAACAACCACCUGGCAGUGACCAGUAGUAGUGUCAGCUGACUUCCGCCAGUUAUUUCCUCGAUUCACACGGUAACUGCAGGAGUUAGCAUCAGUGUGUGUGCUAAAUGUACUGGUGUAGCCAGUAGGCCGAGGAAAGAGCAAUAAGGCUAGUGUGUGUUCUAGAAUCACAACAAAGAAGGAUGCAACCCACAACAGUCAGCUACCUACUUACUGUUAGGUGAACUGAAACCGCUGUAAAAAAAUAUGCUGAACAUCUCUGCAUGCUCCUUCAUCAUCCUAGUUAAGUCAUCAUAAAAAAAAAUUUGAGAAACCUUUGAUAAAUCAAGUAUGGAUAAGCUGCGCAAGGCUUUGAGUGGCCGGGAAACCAUUGGUGAGGAAGAAGAGGAAAGAGGGAAUAUAAUUACUCAAACGGAGGACACGCCACUCUUGCGUGUGAUUGACAACAGUAGUCUCAGCUGGAACACAAGAGUUAAAGGCUUUGCAAUAUGCUUUGCUCUUGGCUUUUUAUUCUCCAUUCUGGGAUCAGCACUUCUCUUCUUGCCAGGAGGAUUCAUCUUAUUUGCAGUUUUCUAUACACUGGGAAAUAUAUUGGCACUUUCAAGUACAUGCUUCCUUAUGGGUCCUGUGAAUCAGUUCAAGAAGAUGUUUGCCAAGACUAGAAUCAUAGCCACAAUUGUUGUGUUUCUAUCCCUCAUUAUGACGCUUGUGGCAGCCUUUGUGUUACACAAGAAAGCUCUGGCAUUGCUGAUGGUGAUCAUCCAGUUCUUGGCGAUGACAUGGUAUUCUCUCUCUUACAUUCCAUAUGCACGAGAUGCUGCCAAGAAGUGCUUUGCCUCGUGCAUUGAUGUCUGAAGGCCCUAACACCAAGAUAUACCAUACCAAGACAUUGAGGCUUCUUUGGGGACCCUGCAACUGAGAAUGUUAGUAAGUCAUGGUAUGUGGGUGGCAGUUUGUUUGAAAAGAGAACACUGGCAUUAUUGUAUAAUAGUUUUUGAUACAGAAGUGAAAUUAAUACCAAUUUGCUAUAUACAAUGUACUGUAUAUUUUUCUUAUCAGUCAAGAUGUGGGACCUCCCUGGAGAGGUGUAUUUUUUUUUUCCCUCUGUUACUUUACUUCAGGGAGUACCAUACUACACACUUAAAUAUGUACAUGUAAAAUUAUUGGAAUUUGUACAAUGUAACUAUAGUUAAAAAAAUAUUUUUCAUAUACAAUAUAUUUUGGUGCUAUAUGGGAUUGUCAUUGUCAGCACUGCAAGAUCUUAACUUUACUCAUUUGUUUGUGUUUUAGUGUUACUAUUGUUACAUGUUCUACAUUAUACUGUAAUGAAAACUAAGUUCAUCCCUCCCUUAUCCAAAAGUUUCCCACAACAGGGAUGUCUAGUUUCCCAUUCCCUAAUAUUCAGUUUAAGGCUUCAAUAAAAGUUCUAAAGAGCUACUCUUGUAUUAAAAACAGAGAUCCAGGGGAUAAACCAGUACAUAAAAUUAGCCAGUUUGGAUUUUUACCAUUUUAUUGUACAGUGCAGUUGUUGCUCAACAAAAAAAAAUUAUAAAAGUUUUUAAUGAAAUUCUAUUGGGAACAUAUAUUGUAGGUUAUAAAAUGACUGUGAAUGAAUGCAGAGGUCUCUUUUUACCUAAGGGUUUAAUAAAAUUAUCUUGCGCGUGCGCGCACACACAAAAGGUUGCCAAAGACUGCAAACCUCACUCAAGGAAAGGACCUUGGGGUGAGUAUAAUAACUGCUGCAGCACAUGGGGUGCCUGGCAAACUUGAGAAUAGCGAUCCGAUACUUCAGUAAGGAAUCAUUCAAAAGACUGUACACUAUGUACAUCAGGCCCAUACUGGAGUAUGCAACACCACUUUGGAACCCCCCACCUGGUCAAGCACGUCAAGAAAUUAGAGGAAGUGCAAAGAUUUGCAACAAGGCUAGUUCCAGAGCUAAAGGGAAUGUCCUACGAAGAAAGGUUAAGGGAAAUCAGCCUGACGACACUGGAGGAGAUUUAGGGAAGACAUGAUAACUACAUACAAAAUACUGGUAGGAAUUGACAAAGUGGACAGACAGAUGAGUCAGAGUUGACAGGAAGUGGAAUGGUCUGACAAGUGACCUAGUGGAGGCAGGAACCAUACAGUUGUAAGACAAGGUAUGAUAAAACUUGGAGCAGGGAGAGGACCUAGUAGCAAUCAGUGAAGAGGUGGGGCCAGGAGCUAUGUUUCGACCCCAGCAACCACAAAUAGGUGUACACACACCCUUUCCGACACUCGUUCUCGCAUACUCUCGCUAGGUUUGCAACACACAGAAUUUACUUUCAAUUUAUGGAAGAGAACAUUUAAUAUGUAUGUAUAGUAGAUUGUUAAUGUUUAAUUCAUUAGUAUUAUUGUUUUGCUUAGCCAUUACAAAUACGUUUUGAAAACCAGUUAAAAAUUCAUAUCUAUUCUUGGAUUAUAUAAUUUUAUUGGUUAGUGCUAAACUCACUCAAAGAGGUCAUAAGUGACUGGGGAAAUGGAAAGUAAUGAAUUUUUAUUUAAGGGAUAAAUGGAUCCAGUUCAUUAAAUGAAGAGACUACCAGCAUUACAACCCCAGUCUUUUUUUCUCUUUGAUGGGAGUUUUGUUCUUAGUCUUCAUUGUUUUGCAAAAUAUAAAACAAAUUGUCUGAGGACCACCAGGAAUAUAGGUCUUAUUGAAUUCUGGACCCAUAGGAAAAAUCUUAGAAUAUAUCAUCUGUUGACUAGUAUGUGGUCUGUCAGCAACAUUUCAAGUACAGUGGAACCUCAAAUAUCAAACUUUUUUCGGUCCAGAAGGCUGUUCGAGUGCCUUUACCGAAUGAAUUUAUUCCCAUCAGGAAUAAUGUAAAUUAGAUUAGUCCAUUUCAGACCCUCAAAAAUACACUUAUAAAAGCACUUACAAAAUUGGUUGUGUUGGAUGCAGUUCGAUUUUUGAGGUUCCACCGUAUAUUUUAAUUAUUGCAACACUACCAGCAAAUCGGUAAUUUGGCUUUAAGCAUCUGUUUUACAAUAUAAUUGACAUGACUCCCUUUGACUUGUUCCAGAAACCUGGAGUUAUGCUAGUUCCAUUUCCUCUUGAUGUACUAAUCUGUUAGGGUAAUUUAUUUUUAAGAAUAUACUGUUUCUUAUGCAUCCACACAUCUGGAGCAUCCUAUAUUUACACUGAAAUUUCAAAACUAUUACAAUGUAUACUAAAUAGUCUGUAUGUUCUAACCUAUAAUGUAGGUCUUCCAUGAAAUAUUUGUGCCUUAAAAUUUAGGAAUAAUUUUAUUGAAAAAGGACAUUCCUAAUGAAAACCAUGACUUGAAUAUUUUAAAUGUGAAUAAGAUAAUAUGCAGUUUAUAGCAUUUACUGAGAUGACAUUUUGUCCACCAGGGAGUUUAUCAAUGUCAUUUCAGCAUGAACCAUAAACUACAGUGUCCUGUUCACAUACCUGUCAUUAUAUUAUUAUUAUUAUAAUCAAAAAGAAGCGCUAAGCCACAAGGGCUAUGCAGACCUGUCAUUAUAGUUUAAGCUCAGUUAUAUAAUAAAACUAAAUUAUCAAACCUAAAGCUGUCAAAAUAAUUAAUUAGUAUUUUAUUUGGAUAGGACAUUAUUACACACAUGAGUAGUAUAUUGUGAACAGUGUUGUACUGGUGGCCAUACAAGCAAAUGAUAGUGUUAGGACAUUUCAGAAAAAUGUUUACUUAAGAAAUAACAUGAAGGUGAACAUUAAUACUUAAAAUACUGUAUGUACAAAAUAUUGACCAAAAUAAUUUAAACCUUGGAAACUACUGUUUAUUCUAGAGUUUAAUAAAUACAUUUAUUUUAUUUAUUUUUAAUUCUACUAUAUAUACUGUAGUUUAUAUUAACCAGUGUAAUUGAUGAGUACCUUAUCUCUGCUUUCAAUAAUAAUAGCAUUACUGUACAACUUGAAUAUAUAUUGUGGUAAUGAAAAUAGGCACUAAAGCCAUACAAGUCAUCUAGCAGUGUUAACAGAGUAAUACCAUAACUGUAUCCAGCAAAAAUUAAAAAAGGAGGGACAGCAGUGUUAGUCUUGGUCUCUAGUACAUUUGGUUGGUUGCUGCAGCUUCCUUUUGUUUAAAACAGUUAUGCAUUGGUCUACCGAUAUCUUCUUGAAUUAACAAAUUAUGAUAUUAAAAUGUUUCAAAAAUAAUUUUAUAUACAGUAGACGGUUAUAUUACAUGGUAGUUACAUUCCUGAAAAAUGCUGUUAGACAAAACUUAUGGGAAAAAUAGGGUCACAUUCCUGGGACCCCCAAAACUGCCAUUUUUUUUUUCUUCAGAUCUUGCAAAAAUAAAAAUGAUUAUGUAAUUGU